CAACGAAUCAAAUUUAGAUUUUCCCACUUUCCCCAAUCUUCGAACACAUUUUCUUAUCUAAACACUAAGAUGAGUAACACCAUGGCUUUGUCACCGGCGAUCGUUGCCGCCGUUCGUCCUCCGUACUCUCACGACGGUCUCUCCUCUUCCGCCGCAACUUCUACCACCACCACCCCCAUGGCUCUCAAAUCUUGCGUCGUCGCACCUCUCUCGCUCUUCACUUCCAAAUCUCGAAUCAAACGCUCAAGCUCAAGAACAGCUUCUCGAAUCACGAUUCGAUGCGAUGUCGCUACGAAAUCAGCCGAAUCGGUGAGUCCUUCGUCCUCGCCGUCAUCGGAGGAAGACAAAAUCGAAGCGGAAGCGAAGGCGAAGAUAGGAUCUAGGGUUAGAGUAACGGCUCCGUUGAAGGUUUAUCAUGUGAAUCGAGUACCGGAGGUUGAUUUGGAAGGUAUGGAAGGUAAACUCAAAGAUUACGUCUCUGUUUGGAAAGGGAAACGAAUCUCAGCUAAUCUUCCUUAUAAAGUUGAGUUCUUCAAAGAGAUUGAAGGUCGUGGUCCUGUCAAAUUUGUCGCACAUCUUAAAGAUGACGAGUUCGAGUUCAUCGAUCAGUGAUGGAAACGAUCAGGCAAAUAUAUUUUUUUCUCUUUUCUCAGUCUUUGUUGCGUUUACUGGAAUCUGGGAAUGGAGAAUGAUUUGUAUCUAGUGAUGUGUAUACCCUUUAGCAGUCAUAUACAUAAGGUUUCUUUGACCCUCCAUUGAUGUUGUUUUUGAUCCAUUGCCUUGAAUGUGUAUACCCAUUGUUGUUAUUGGUUUCUUACUGUUAGAUAGAUUGGGUGGUGAAUUGAAAAGUUGGA